UUUUUCUUUUUUUUAAUUGGGGCCCAGCUAUGUCAUAUUUUCCCGGGCAAAACUGGACCUGUCACACACAUUAUUUUGUAAUAUUAAAUCUUCAAAGUCAUUGCACAACUUCUUGCUACAAAGCUCUCUUUCUCCAUAUUUAAAAAAGGUUGCAAUCUUUUACUCAUCUCUUCUAUUAAAAUCAUCGUUUGUCUAUGAUAGUUGUAUAAAUUGUUGCUCUCUUUUUAUACUGUUUUCUUAUGGUUCUACCGUCUACGCUUAAAAGGGGUAAAUUUAGGAUUUUAGUAAUAUUUUUUCCUGGGCCAUCACGUGAAUGCGACAGAUAUACAGAUUCAAGUUGUGAAAACAGUUUCUUAUAAUAUAUCCUAUCGUUUGGCCAUUUCCUAAACCCUACAUAUAGCACGGGAGCUUUAGUGCACCAUACUAGUUUUUGCUUAGGGUGUGUUUUCCUUCACACACAUAAAAUGAAAUAAUACUUGGGGUGUGUUUGGUACAAACAACAACAUGUUCGGUGUAAUUUUAUUAGGGGGGCUGGGGAGGAUUGUGUAGCUUGAGACUUUACCUGGAUAAAGAGUUUAUUUAAGAUAGACCUCGGAUCAAGAAAAUAAUUGAAGUGAAGAAAUCAAGAAAAGAAAAUACUAAGCAAGGGUUACUUGUUUUUUUCUUGAGCUAAACCCAUCUGAUUGUAAUUUUUGUGCGUCUAUUUUCCUUAACUUUGAAGCUUUUAGCUGAUAUUAGCAUAUUACUCUGCUAGCUGAGGUUAACUUUGCAAAGUGUAGCUGGUCUAAGAUGAAUAAAUAAGAGUUGUUGUGGUUAGGUUGAAUAAUUAAACAAUGAUGAAUCCUCUAAACUGAUUGAUGGAUACAGAGGAUUUAUAUAGCCAAGCCCAACUAGCUUCGAAUAAAUAUUUUCAAACAUACACUCAAAAACUGAAUAUAUCCAUGUCAAAUCUAUAUCGGAAAUCCGAUAUUUAUACUAGAAAAUGCUCAUGCCACAGUCAAACAAACAAUCAACAACAUGCCUAGCUAGUGCCUAAUGUGAUCCCACCAGUGGUGUGUUGUAUGCUCAGACCUUACCUGCUCAUGCAAACAUAUUUGAUCUUUGGAUAAAAUCCCACAGCAGAAGUGUCUGAAAGAAGAAAAUUGAAGAAAAGAACAAAUUUUGAUGUUGUUUCUACAUCUGAAAAUUUGACAUCAUAUUAUAUGCUUCAACCUUCUUAUCUGUGAUUCAUCUCAGGUGCAGUUUAUGAACCGGAAAUGAGCGAGGCAAAGCGGAAAACACUCUGUGACUUCUUUCCUAGAUCUGGUUCCAUUCUUCUUCUCUUUUACUUGUUUUAUUUGUCUUCCACUGUUACUACACAUUAGCAGGUCAUUUGGUUCACAUACUAGUUAUGCAAUGAAAAGUAAUCCAAGAUUUAGUUUUGGUGUGUGAAUGAGAAUAGUAAUGGUUAUUGUUUGGUGAAUUAUAACAUAGGGAUUGCUUUUCUUCUUAUACACCCUACCAAAAGCUGCAUUAGUUAUUCAGAGACUAUUUUCCUAAUCGUCAAAUCAAACACUAUUAUUUUAUAUAGAACUUUGUGUUGGCAUUAGUUUUUCAUAAUCCCUCCAACCAAAUUGGCUUAAGUGGUUCUUUAUUUUGUUUUCCACAUAUACCAACAAAAGGGAAAAAUCAUGACUGUGAACCAAGAAAUGCAAAUCCGAGGAACGUGGACAGAAGUAACUUAGGGAAGGAGCAUUUUGUCAAUGAAGAAACAGCUUAUCGUACGAUGGCAACGUUUUUCUGUCAAUCCGGUACAUCUCCAAAGUCAGUAGAAGCCGCUCACUUCAAAAAAUUAACUGCCUAUCUUAAUCCAAAAUUUUGUCCUUCAUCUGCCAUUCUUUCACGGUAUUGCUUGGAAUGUACGAGGAAGAGAAAGCAAAAGUCAAAGAAAUUUUGAGAAGCUUGAAUGGACGAGUUAGCCUCUCAGUUGAGAGGCAAACUUAUAACAAAUUCAAUGACCCUGGCUACUGGCCUACCUCAGAUUGUGAGGAAACAUGUUUUGAUUUCAUUUGCAUAAGAGUUCAUUUUAUUAGCGAAGACUGGAAGCUAAGAAGUUGGGUUAUUAGCUUUAAGUCUUUUGAUGCAUAUGACAUUAUGUUGGUGAGACAAUGCAAUGUCUUUCAGAUUCUGGUAUUGAAGAUAAGAUAUGUGCUGUCACUGUGCAUAGCUAUCUGGACUUUGAUGAGGUUAUUGAUGUCAUUAAAAGCAAACUUCUUGAGAAGAAAAGACUCCAUCCAGACGGACAAUUGUUUCGUGUACCUUGUUGUGCAGACAUUUUCAAUUCGAUGGUGAAAAGAGCAUUUGGGAUGAUAGAGGGUUUAAUCAGUGACAUUCGUCACAUAGUAUGUUGGGGCAGAUCACUACCAGUGUGGAAUGUGACAUUUCAUAAACUACAGGAAGCAUUGGAGUUGGAGGCUAAAGGAGAAUACUUGAAAACAGAUGAUUAUAAGGGUUAUCAUAUACCUUCUCCCCGAGAGUGGGAGAAAGUUAGGGGAGUAAGUAAACUUGUAGGACAUGUCUAUACUGCAGCAGAAGUGUUAUUUAUGGCAAAACGUCCCACUGCAGGCCUCUACUUCCACAAUCUUAAUAAUCUUCGAUUUAAUCUGCUGAAAGAUUCUGCAAGUUCAGAUAAAUUUACUAGAAAUUUAGCCAAUAGUAUGUUGGAAAAGUUUGACAAGUAUUGGAGGAAUCAUGUAUUUGGUGUUCGCUCUAGCUACUAUUAUGGAUCCACGCUACAAAGUGAAGUACUUAGAGUUCUGUUUCUUGAAGUAUAAAGAAAAUGAUCAUUCACCGCUGCUGUCUAUCUUGGAGUCCAUCCGAAGCCUUCACCAUGACUAUGUGGUGCACAAGUCCUCAAUGGAGUAUACUAUCAGUGAUUCAGGUUCUGAAGAUUUUGAUACGGGUGAAGAUCUCUUUGAACAGAUGGAAAUUCUUGAUGAUGAUAGUUUUGGAUUUGACUGUUUAGAUGAGUUCAGCAAAUUCAUCCAAACAACUAGUCAGCCACCAAAAUCAGAACUUGACUGCUAUCUGGAAGAACCUAUUGUGCCUUGGACCAAGAACUUUGAUGUAUUGAGUUGGUGGAAAUCUGCCAGCCCCAAAUAUCCUGCACUAUCAAAAUUAGCUCGUGAACUUUUAAUACAAUUGUCUCUUGUUACAGGCUAUGAUGCUUAUCUCAUUGAUGUGAAUGAACCUGAUAGAAAUAUUAGAUCAGUGGAGUCAGAUUUAGUGAAUGCCUUGAUGUCUACAAAAAGCUGGUUUGACAAACAGCGUUGCGAUGCUGAUGCAAGCUGAGGGAUCUUUGCUGUAGAAUAGUUGAUUUGAGAGUAACUUUCUUUUUGCUGGAAGUUUGAGAUUUCCAAGAAGCCAUCAAUAUAUAUAUUAGAAAUCUACCUAGUCUAUUGUGUUAUGUGGGAUGUUAGCUACUCGAAAGUAUAUUAUUGCAGCUACUUCUUUUGUCUGCAUAUGGAUAAUUAAGAUAAUAACACUCGCAAAAAAGAUAUUUCAGACAUGUUUUUGACCUGCAUUAACUUAAAAGGUAAUGGUGUCACCAAGCUGGAGAACUAAUAAAGACGGAUAUUAUACAUUUACUUAUCAUCCAUGACAUCAAUAACACAACUGUUUAAGCAAAACCUAUCUCCUUCAGGAGAAAUUUACAAGACAAAACCCCAAAAAGAACAAACAUUUGAUAAACUUUUAGUUUACACGCAUCAACAGGACCAGAAACAGUGUGUAGUAUGUGUCAGACUGCGAAAAGCAAAAAAA